AGCAUGCGACUGAUAUAGUAUUACUUUUGUGAAUAAAAAAAUCUUACACUGUCAUAGGAAGUUAGUCGAUCAGUCAGAGCAAUGUAAAAGUUUGCAGAAAGCUCAAAGGAUUAACGUGUUCAUUCAGAUUCUCAUGUCAUCUGAAAAAAAAAGUUAAAUCUCCAUUUUGGAACACAGCUCCUCAUUUGUCCUCAGUAUUCUGAAGGUAUCUUAGUAAUGGUGAAAUCGUAAGUAGAGGCGACUUUGUUUCGCGCAAAUUCAGGAGUCCUCGCUUCUCCAAGGAUUCACAAAAUUUCAGGAAUUAUUUUCCUUCUCGACCAAUUGGAAAUCUCGUAACGUGAUCGCUAUGCGAGAACGUACGUGAUCUUCGUGAUUGAUCGCGAUCGGUCUGCACUUGGUCGCGAUCGCGGAUUUUUAAGACAAAAUUACGUCCAAGAGGAACCAAAUGCGCGCGAAACGCCGAAGAGUAUCCUUGCGAUGCAUUCAAAACGCGCAGGAGCACAAGAGCACGCGGUGCACGUUAGACACUCUGCCCCCAGAAGUUUUUGGCAUCAUCUUGAGAAUGCUAUCUUUGCACGAUGUCGCCUGCACCGUUCGUCUGGUAUCCAGACGUUGUUACAAUAUUGCCGCUACGGUGCUGAAUAGCGAAUUCCUAGUGACUGGCACCAAGCUGGAAGUCGCGAUUAAGCGCAUGAAGGAUCUCGUGAAUAGUGCGAAGACCAACAUUGAGAUGCAGAACUACAGCGGGACUUCCUAUACACUGGAGCUUAUUCGAUCGCAGUAUCGCAUGCUGAAGGCAGUUACGUGGCGAUACACGCAUCCAAGAUCUCACAGCUCGCCCAUUUCCUGUUUCUACGGUGGCAGAGUUCUCGACAAUCUGAACUGCAUAUUACAGACGGUCUUGGAUCCUUGCCGAGGAUCCUCGAUCGUUCUCAGUUACGUUAACCUGCAGAUUUUCGUACGUAGCUGCGAGAAUUUCAUGGAUCACUUCGAGAAAGUUACUGAGCGUAGGGUGAACAGAUCUGCACUGAUUUCGGGGUGUAAGAUUGUCGAUGUAUUAGACUGUCUGGGAGAAGGGCGACAGUUGCUAUCCUUCUGGACCUCAUCAAGAGCAAGUAACUCUGUGGUCAGUAUGCAACUCAGAUACAUCCUAAAACGCACGUGGUUUACGUGCCUGCAGGUGCCCAACGCGAGCGACGAGCACUGCUGGCGGGACAAGCAACGUUACAUGUAUCUGAGAUUGCGCCGGCUAGUCGGCAGUUUCAACAAACAUCUCCUCCAUAAGCUGCAGUACAAACGCAAGCUUGAUCUUCGAGUGACGCUACCGUCGAUACCACCCCGAAAACUAUUACCGGCCUCUAUAUAUUCAGGAUACGGGGAAUACGGUGGCCAGUUCUUCUAUUAUGGCAAUAUGAGCAAGUGCGCCUACGAUUACAAGUUCAAGCAUGCAAGACCCAGCAACGUGGAGAACACCGGCAGGGAACUCGAGCAGGAAACCAAUCGACCACCUCAGUUCGAUCUGGUCAUCACGGUCGAGUUGAGGUGUUCCUCAGAAUUGGCACCAUUGGCAGCGAGAGCGAAUUUAAAAUAUGACGAUCUCGAAGGUUGUGGUACUAACUCGAGUCAAGAGUUGUAUUUGAAGUUGAGCAUGAAGUGCGCGGCUUCGAAAGCCAACAGAUUGCCCAAUGUCUUCGUUUGGGAGGUGUGUAGUCCACGACGGAUCCGUUCACAAAAUAGUUGAGUCGUAUGUGUUUUAUUUAUUAAGCGAUCAUUGCGAGAUAUCCUGUGUACAUUCGUACAUGUAAUAUACGCCCACGCAAUUAUAUACAGCUUUUACUGUUAUUCCGAAGAUAAAAUAAAAUGUUUUUCGUGCACGUUUUAUCCGAAUCCCGUUGUAUUCGAUGAUCUAUCCUUGUUACCGACAUAGAAUAGAUUUGAGAUUCUCGCCAAGAACCGAUUGAGAGAAACA